CUAACAACGUUUUGAAGGAAAAGAAAGAUUUUUUUAAAGAAGCAUACAAGUUUCUUCUCUACAAGUAAAUGAUUUAAUUUCAUAAUUGUGGCUGCAUCCAUUUUCCAAAAUGAACCGAUAUACAACUAUGAGACAACUAGGAGAUGGCACCUAUGGGAGCGUACUUAUGGGAAAAAGCAAUGAAUCUGGAGAGCUGGUGGCUAUAAAAAGGAUGAAAAGGAAAUUCUAUUCUUGGGAUGAAUGCAUGAGCUUGAGAGAAGUUAAGUCUCUGAAGAAACUAAAUCAUGCCAAUGUGAUUAAAUUGAAAGAAGUUAUCAGAGAAAAUGACCACCUUUAUUUUGUGUUUGAAUACAUGAAGGAAAACCUCUAUCAAUUAAUGAAGGACAGAAACAAGUUGUUCCCUGAGUCAGUCAUCAGAAACAUCAUGUAUCAAAUUUUGCAAGGACUAGCUUUUAUCCAUAAGCACGGAUUUUUCCAUAGAGAUAUGAAGCCAGAAAAUUUGCUUUGUAUGGGUCCAGAACUUGUGAAAAUUGCUGAUUUUGGUCUUGCAAGAGAAUUAAGAUCACAACCACCAUAUACUGAUUAUGUCUCCACCAGGUGGUAUCGUGCCCCAGAAGUUUUGUUAAGAUCUUCAGUGUAUAGUUCUCCCAUUGAUGUGUGGGCUGUUGGGAGCAUAAUGGCUGAACUAUAUACAUUGAGACCACUUUUCCCAGGGACAAGUGAGGUAGAUGAAAUCUUCAAAAUUUGCCAAGUGUUAGGGACCCCCAGAAAGAGUGACUGGCCAGAAGGGUACCAACUUGCAUCCUCUAUGAAUUUCCGCUUUCCACAAUGUGUUCCGAUAAAUUUGAAAACUCUAAUUCCCAAUGCAAGUAGUGAAGCUAUACAACUUAUGGGCGAUAUGCUGAAUUGGGACCCAAAAAAACGGCCAACUGCAAGCCAGGCUUUGAAAUAUCCAUAUUUUCAAGUUGGUCAAAUAUUAGGCCCUCCACCACAGUACUUGGAACCAAAGCAACCUGUGAAUAAACAACAUCAGCCAAUAGAGCCAAAACAAUCCUUUGUUGAAUUAGAUCUUAAACCUCCACCAAAUGACCAGGCCCAUUCACAUGCCCAACAGAAAAUUAGCCAUCAGCCACUACAACAAAUUCAGCUGCCACAGAACUUGCCUUCCCAGCAGCCUUCAAAGCAUCAGCCUCACCAAAAACAACAGGAACCAUUAUUUCCAAGUAUCAUCAAAAACUCAUCACCUCACAAUGUUGCAGUAGGUCAUAAAAAUGGUAGAAGACGUUGGGGUCAGACUGUGUUCAAGACUGGAGAUAGCUGGGAAGAUAUUGAUGAUUCUGAUUUUGGAGUCUCCCAUUCCAAGAAGCCCAGCAUCUCUGUUCCAAAAGAAAAGAAGAAAAAGGAUUUGGCAUUUAGUGUACCAGAACCCAAACCCUCAGGCUUCAGUCAGUCAGGUGGGGAAAACAGGAGUUUGCCUGCUGCUAUCUUAAAAAAUGACCCUGACUUUUCAUCUGGUUCAGCUGCCAAACAGUACUACUUGAGACAAUCAAGAUAUCUUCCAGGUGUCAAUCCUAAGAAUGUGUCUUUGUUGACCCAUGGAAAAGAAGGAAAUCCAUAUACCUGGAAUAAUUCACUAUUUUCCAAACCACUGGGGCCCAUUGGUGCAGGACUUGCUUUCAAAAGGUCUAAUGCAGAAGAAAGCAUAAUUAAACCAAUUGAAAAGCUAUCAUGCAAAGAAAUGUUACCUGAAAAAAUAGAGGAAGCAAAAGGAAAUUUUGGAAGUUAUACUACUUAUAAUCAGCCAGGAUAUAUCCCUUCAUUUCACAAAAAAGAAGUUGGCUCAGCUGGCCAGAGGAUACACUUAGCACCUCUUGGUCCCACAACUUCAGAUUAUGCCUGGAACACAAAAACUGGUCGUACCCAGUUUUCAGGCCCUACCUACAAUCCUACAGCAAAAAAUAUAAAUCUUUUAAAUCGUGCACAUCCAGUUCAUUCAGUACAUGGAAGGACAGACUGGGUGGCCAAAUAUGGAGGCCAUCGGUAGAAGGGUUGUUUCACAAUGCCCUCCUUGUUCUGGUACAGUAUGUUCCAUUGCUAUACUCCGGGAAAUGUCUACAAAUGUUUAUUUCCACUGAUUUCUGGGAGAGAUAUGCAACAGUGGAUAGCUUAAAGGCAAAAAAUCAUCCUGUAUUUUAUUCCAUCCUUAGAAAUGAAAAACACACCUCUUAGCAUUACUGUCCACAACACUGAUUUAAGGGUAGAAUUUUACAAAGUAUUGAAUAAACUUUGCCAAAGUAUCAAGUAUUUUGAUCUACAAAUGAAUAGAUAAUAAACACCACAAGAAACUUUUCUUUUUAAAAACUCCUGA